UAUUACUUGAACAGUAUAAACUCCGCAUUGUGUAAAUUUUUCCACGUGUUAUUUAUUUUUCGGUCAAACUUACAUUGAUUUCGUUCAACAAUGUCUCAAUCCAAGUCGGAUGAUCCUCAGAACCAAAGCCAGAUAAUAGCGAAUGAAAUGUCCGAAGAAUCACCGCAAUCAAAUCAGGAGUCAGAGAAACCAGAAAUUUCAAUAGGCGAGAUUCUUUGUCGACCGGCAGAAGAAUUUGUUAAUGAUCCUAACAUUGAAAUUGCUUGGAUGUCAACAGCUAUUCGUCACAUGGAAGCGUAUUAUAAAUUGAUAACUUCAAUUAAAACUUCCGAUGUGAUUCGAUUGACUCCAAACGAUAACUAUAUUUAUGAAGAGUUUCGAAAACAAUUUCCCGAUUUGAAAGUUGAAUCCUUGACAGAGGAAAUGAUAAAAUCGAAUGAAGCCAAAGAACAAUGGCGAGAAUUCUGUAUCAACAUGAAAGACAAAAUGGAGGAUUUUAAUUUCGCUACAUUGAUGCGAUUGAAUUCUUAUUCUGAUUAUAACGAAGCAAAUACAAUUGUUGUACCACGUGCUCAAUUCUUGGCAAUUGAAAUUGCUCGUAAUCGUGAAGGACAUAACUCCAAUUUACCACCAGUUCUUCAAGAGUGAUUUUUUCCAUUUUUCUUUUUUUAAAUUUGUGAUU